UUUUUCUUUAAUUUCCAUAAAUUUCAUCGUUCCUCAGUAUCCUCAUUUUCGAUUGGUCCACAUGUCCUCUUCCUCUCCAAGCGUAUCCACAAUUUCGAUAAACAAAAAGAAAAAAGAAAAAGAAAAAAGGAAAGAAAAAAAGAGAGAAACAAAAAAAACUGAUCUGUAGCUGAUCCUGCAAUAACGAAUCGUACAAAUCGAUUUUUAUCACAUCUGUUUGAAUUCCCCCGUUAGUAUAAGUAGAGACCGUUGGUGGGGCUCAACCCUAUUGUCCAAAUGGCAUUCGGGUGUGAUCCUCUCUACAUCCGAUUGGCCGCCUUUCUAUCAUCCGUCAACCCUAGCGUCAGCUGGUGGCAGUCGGUAUCUCAGCGUCACCUUAGAACCGCCGACAAAUCUUCAGCUUCAGCAGCUAUGUCGUCACGGUGGUGGCAACACCGUCAACACGCAGUCGUCGAGGGAUUGACGGCGGCGUCCUGAUCGAGACCGAAUACUUCCGUCGCAUCAUGCUCUCCUGCUUAGCUGCGUCCUUUGCCGGAGCUGCGUAUCGCGAGCCUACUGGAGCCUGCUGCUGGAGUUACCUACAUUGCUGUUCGGUAUCGACAGUCAACUGGCUGGCAUCAUUGGACAUCAUCGUGCCUCUUCGUCGUCGUGCUCUCGCUACCUCGCUACCUCGCUACGAAGGUAGUCAACGUUGUGAGCACCGUCUUGGUGGGACCUGUCGAAAGCUCGCAGCAGCUUUCACUUGCCCGAGAAUCUUCAGCCUUCCGACGAUGACCUCGUCGCACCGGCCGGUCGCUCCACCUGAGGCGGUGUCCGCGCAUCUAUUUCGGAAGGUCCGCAGGCGCGAGCUGCGCUCUCGGAGACACUUCAUCGGACAUUCUUGGAUUCGCCGCGCAUCGAAGAGCGAUGCGUCGCCCGACGGCUGCUCCCCCGUAAUUACCGCCUUCAAAGCUUCGGUUCGCGAUGGACCUCGAUAUUCCGGACACACAUACCCAUGUCGACGGCGCCGUGUCGACGGCGCAAGAUACAGGCGAAAACGGCGCCGGAGGUAUCCCUACACGGUUUGACUCUUUGUCAAUGCCACAGUUCCCUGAUCCCCGAAAAAUGCAGAUCAACCUCACGGGUUUCUUAAACGGCAGGAAUGCCCGUUCGUUCAUGGGUGAAUUAUGGGACCUUCUAGUCUCUGCUCAGGAAAGCGUUACGGGCAUUCCCGAGGCUUUCUUACAACAAAAAAAAGAUCAGAUCAAAAAACGUUUGGAAGAGCAAGAGAAGCUUCAAGCAUCGCUGGCGGAGAAGGAGAAAGAAAAGGAGCGCGAGAAAGAGAAAGAUGACGCCGAGAAAGUGAAGAAAGAGGAAAAAGAUCGCGGAUCAUCAAAGGAGCGUAGGAGGGAUCGAAGUCGGGAUCGUGACCGAGAAAGAAGCAAAAGGAGCAGGUCACGAGAUCGACACCGUGAUCGCGACCGAUCGAGCCGCAAGAGAAGGUCCGCUUCUAGAUCUCCCAGCAAGAAUUCACUGAAAGAUAACGGGAAAGAUAUGCCCGAGGUUAAAAUCGAACGGGAGGACUCACCACAGCCAGAGAAUGCAAUACCUUUGAUGCCAGUUAAAACCAAACCGGAAGCAGCAGUUGCGAUAUCAAGAUUACAGGCGAAAUUGAUGAGUAUCGCCGAUGGAAAGAAGAAGAACAAUCGCACGCCCUCGCCAGAGUCGCUGGACAAGUCUGCGAAGAAAUCGCGAUCUAGAUCUAAAUCGCCGGCGAGUCGCUCGAAGAAAUCUAGAUCCAAGUCGCCCAGCCGAGAUUCGAAAGUGCGUCGUUCUCGAUCGCCCGCUUCGAAAUCCAGACGAUCUCGCUCCAAGUCGAGAUCCAGAAGAUCUCACUCCAAGUCCAGAAGAUCAAAGUCGUGCUCGCAAGACCGCACCAAGUCUAAGCGCAGCAAGUCCAAAUCGCCGAGGUCGCGUUCGCGCUCGCGUUCACGCUCGCGCUCUAAGAAAUCUCGAUCGAAGAGCGAUGAUCGAAGCAAGGCGAGGAAGUCGAGGUCCGACUCAAGCGAUUCGAGGUCCUCCAAGUCUCGCUCGAAAUCGUCGGACAAGCGGAAGGACAACGUCAGCUCCAACCGGAAGCGCGACGGCAGUACAAGCAGCAGCUCGGGCUCGGAGGAGGAGAAAGGAGCGAAGGAUAAGAAUGAUUUCGAGAUACGAAAGAAGAAGGAUGGCGUGCAAGCUAAGCGAUCUUAUCGGAAGACUAACAAGGACGAUAGCGGCAGCGAUAGCGACUCUAGUCGUGAAAGAAAGUCGGCUCCUAAGAGGAGGAGUCCUUCACCGCGCAAAGGGGAUCGAGGACGUUCCAAGGACAGAGAUCGGGAUAGAGGCAGAGAUAGAUCGCGCGACAGAUCGCGGGAUAGAUCGCGAGAUAGGUCACGCGAUAGAUCGCGCGAUAGAAACCGGAGAAGGUCAUUGGACCGCGACCGUGACAGGAGGCGAGAACGGGAACGCGAGAGGGAGCGAGAAAGGGAAAGAAUGGAUCGGUACAGCGGUAGCCGCAGUAUGCGACCGCCUUCGGUUCGCAGAGCACCCAAUAGACGCAGUCCGCCGCGGAGGAGUCCGGCAAGAUAUCGCCGUAGAUCACCGAGCCCUGGAGACAGACGUCGCAGAAGAUCGCUGGAUCGCAGGAGACGGUCGUCGGAGAGACGCGACAGACGUCGAUCACCCGAUCGCCGUGACAGCCGACGUCGCUCGCCGGACGGACGGGAUCGAUCGAGCAGGUACGAUAGAUCUUCCUCUCGCGACAGAUCGAGUAGGCGGGAUCGUUCCAGAGACCGGCGAGAUAAGGAUCGUAGAUCUAGAUCGAAGAAUCAUAGAUCGAGAUCCAAGGAUCAGAGGUCAUCGGUGGAUCGUUCGAGAGACGGGAAACGGUCUCCCGAUCGUUCGAAGGAUGCCAAGGAUAAGGCAAGAGACAAGAAAACGGAUGAGAAAGCUAAAAGACCGCCUGAUACAGGAUCGCGAAAAGAGUUACGAAAUGGCCGAUCUAAGUCGAGUAGCUCGGAAAGUAGCGAGAGUAGUUCCUCUAGCAAUGAGGACGAGUCACUUAGGAAAUCGAUCGAGCGCAAGACGUCGCAGGAGAAGCGGGAGAGAGAGCGGGAGCAUACCGACGAUGCCAAGAAGAAAGAGAAGGAGAAGACGGUGAAGGAGGAGUCUGCCAAACGGCCUGAGAAGGAGAACAAGAAGGUAGAACCUGUCGCCGUGAAGAAACCGGAGCCUAGCGUCUCCCCCAAGAAGCUUCAAGCAGUUUCGCUUCCUGUUACAAGACAUCGAUUUUCGAAGAGCCUGUCGCGUACACCGUCGCCGUUCAAAAAGACCGAAGACAUUGUGGCAGCAGCAGCCAAGAUUAAACAAACGAUGAAGGAAGAAGUUAAAGACGAGUCGCCGAAGGUUGGGGAAGUGAGUUUUCCUGCUGGAGACGCUUUCCCUCUAAAGAAGGACGAGAAAUCACUAAAAACAACGAAGUCGGUAACGGAGGACAAGAAAUCCACUCAGAAACCUGCAUUGGAACCUGCACUAUCCAAAAAACCUGCAGAACUGGCGAAAAAAACAAAAAAAGAAAAACGUGAUGGUUCCAUGGAUAGUGAAGAUAGCGAUGCUGAAGACAAGAGAAAAUCGAGGAAGCUGGAAAAGCCCAGAAAAUCCAGGAAAACAUCAACGGACGAAGAUAAGUCUGAUAAGAGCAAAGCAGAAUCAAGUUCAGAUUCUGAUGAUGACAGAAAACAUCCGGACAAAAAUAAGAAAGCCAGAGAGAUUGUUAGACCUGAUUCUUCAACGGACGAUCGCAACAAAGAUCGAAAGGACAGUAGAAAACGCGAAAUCGCCGAGAACGAUUCACGAAAACGUUCGAAGAAAGAGAUCGAGGAAGAAAUGAAAAAGUCAAAGAGAUCGCGAAAGGACUCAUCCUCAGGCGAGGAAGAGCAGAAAGCUAAAAGAGGAAGAAACGAAGAUGAUCGGUCGAGAUCUCGGAAAGCAAAGAAGGAUUCGAGUUCUGACGAAGAGCCCAAGAAGAAAAAGAGGCGGGAUACUUCAUCAGAUGACGAAAAGUCUCGGUCACGGAAGUCGAGGAAGGAUUCGACGAGCGAAGACGACGCCAAAUCAAAAUCAAAGAAAUCUAAACGUGACUCCAGUUCGGAAGAUGACGAUGUCGCGGACAAGGAUGCGAAGAAGAAAAGAAAGGCUGAUGACAGUUCUGAUGACGAAAAGGUGAAAAAGAAGCGUAAGAAAAAAGCGAAAACCAGCACGAGUGAAUCGGAGGAAAGCGAAAUCGAGGAGAAGAAGAAGAAAAAAGAAAAGAAGCACAAGAAACACAAGAAGCAUAAGAAGCACAGGAAGCAUAAGAAGAAGAAGGUCGCGGAAUCGGAUGAGUCUGAUGUAAGUGAAGGUAAUACCGAAGAACUGGAAAAGAAACUUCGGGAGAAAGCGCUAAAAUCGAUGAAAAAGGGACACAGCAUUGAACGAAGUGAUUGAGACAUUAAUGUGUGAGGCAUUAAUGUGUGAGACAUUAAUGUGUGAGACAUUAAUGUGUGAGAUACUCUCGUUAUAUGUGCUACAGAUGCGAACUUCUCAUUUCGUAUCGAUUGGAUUGUUAUUCAUUGUACAUCACUCAAUCCCUUCGUAAGAAAAUUGGAUAACGCUCAUAGCGUUAAAAUAAUUCCUUUUCACACGUGUGCGCGAGGAACAUUGCGAUUUCAUUCUCUCCUCUCUCUUCUUUUUUUGCAUUUGUUUCGUCCGAAUUAUACGUUAAUCAUUGUAUCAUAUCGGUAAACAGAUGCAGUGUGUCAUUCAUGCUUGACGAGAAAGUGAAGAUUUUACAUUUCUGAAAAAGUCCGCAGAGACAUAGUAAUAACGAUAUAUGAUCCCUCGGAGUUAUUAGGUUCCUAAGUACGACUAAGCGGAUUUAGGACUUAUAUACGCGGCGAUCUAUUUAUGUUUACUUGUAUAAAGCUGAUUUCCCGUUCAAAAUGUUUGAAAAGAUAAUAAACAGCGCAAUGCACGAUGGUAUUACAGCAACUUACAUAAGCCGAAGAACUAUGAAACAUCUACUCCCGCGUGAAUCCACACUCCCGAAUGAUAUAAUCGUUUCUGUUUUACAGUGAACCGCUAAUUUCUUCUAGACCUCAGAGUCGUCAUACCGAAUUUGCAUACGUGAUGUAGCUUAUUUAAUAAUUCACGUAUAUUCUCUAGUACUGAGAAGUAAAAUACACAGCAUUGAGAAUUA